AUGGCACUAAAGAGGUAUCAAAAAAUUAAGACAUUACUCACAUUUACGGGGUGGACACCUCGCGGCCUCUGUGUCAAUGCUAACAACGAUGUACUAGUUUCCAUGUUCAGGCAAGGUGAACCAGACAAGGUUGUUCGAUAUUCCGGAGUAACUGUUAUUCAAGAAUUCUCUCGAGAUUCUCAGGGAAACUUCCUCUUUCGGGAUGCCUCUUUUGUUUGCGAAAAUACAAAUACAGACAUUUGCGUUAGGGAUGUAGAAACACGCUGCGUUGUUGUCGUCAAAAGCACAGGGGUCCCUCGAUAUAAAUACAGCGGGCGUUCCCAUUCAAAGUUUGAGCCUGGUUGUGUUUCAUGUGAUGGCCAAAGUCACAUUCUGAUUGCAGACAAAAAUCAGCACUGUAUACAUAUAAUAGACAAAGACGGAAAAUUCUUAUCGCUCAUCAACAAGCAUUUUAUUAAGCUUCCCGUAGGAAUAAACGUGAGCGAAGAUAACACACUGUAUGUGGCUGAGCGGAAGUCUGGGAAAAUCAAAGUCAUAAAAUACCUGAGCGAUUAGUUAGGCAUUGUAAUCCUUUUAAAGGGUUGUGA